AUGGCUAGCAUGUAUGCUUGGACGACAAGAUGUAUUCCGGCAUUCAGCUGCAUGGCCUUGGGCGUCUUGCUUGUCUUUUCAUUCAUCAUCUCUCCGUACGGCAAGGGAGAAAGUGGACAUCACAAUGGCGAGGCCACGAUCUCACAGAGCAUACUGGCUUUCUGGACGGUAUUCCUACAUAUCCUAUCGAUCAUCUUCCCUCUUCGAGUCAUCUGGAGCAUACGAAAUGUGAUCACGAAGAUCAGAGAAUCGGCGAUCGAUCUGCCUAUUGGUAGAGGCCGCGGGCUACCCAAGGUCAAGAGCAAGGAAGAGAAAGAGGUUAUCCCAACACCGCUAUUCGUCAUCAUAUUGCCAGCAUACAAGGAAGAGAUGUCAACUUUGGAGGAGACUCUGAAGGUGCUCGCUUCGCACGAUCAAGCUGCUGAGAGCUUCCAUGUGUACCUGGCGAUGGAGGAGAAAGAGGAGAAGUCCGCCUUCAAAGCUGCCAGCUUAUGCAGGACAUUCGAAAGAGCAUUCUACCGCAUGAGCUAUACUGUUCAUCCAGCUGGCAUACCUGGCGAGGCGCAAGGUAAAAGUAGUAAUGAAGCCUGGGCAGCUAAACAGGCCAUGCGAGACUAUCCAGAUGAUGUGCAGAAGCGUAACACUAUCUUCACGGUCAUGGAUGCCGACACUCACCUCUCUUCCCGAUACUUCACUCAAGUCCGCCGCUUCCACUUGGAGAAUCCGGACACCAACGAAAUUUGCAUCUACGUCCCACCACUUGUGUUCGAUCGCAACUUACACCAUGUUCCGCUCAUGGUACGAACUGCAGAUCUGAUGUGGGCAGGCGCCGGUAUUUCAAGCUUGUACGGUGGAUCUCGGAUCGUUAUUCCAACCUCUGUCUACUCACUCCCAAUGACUCUGGUGGAGACUGUAGGAGGAUGGGACACUGGCCCAGGCGCAAUCGGCGAGGACAUGCACAUGUACCUGAAGUGCUUCUUCGCAUUAUCUGGAAACCUCAAAGUGCACAUUGUAUACGCGGCAGCAAGUCAAUGCAAUGUCAGCUCGGAGGCACAUGGCGUCUAUGGCUACUUUCUCGGACUGAAAGCUCGUUACAAGCAAGCUCUCAGGCACAUGUGGGGAUCCGUGGAUACUGGCUACACAGUCCGCGAAACUGUCAAGAUGUUUGGGAGACACAACAACGCCACGAAGGCCAAUGCCAGCGUGCCGCUGAGCGCUCCGAAUUCGAACUGGACCGCUUUCUAUACGAGUACCGGCUUACACAAGUCGCUAGGCCAUAACGGAGAUUGCGACCAGCCAUUGCCACCAAAGCCCGUCAAUUGGUACAACCUCUACACGCUUUACCACCGCAUCUUCGAAGCCCACUUCCUCCCGAUCCAUCUGGCGACCAUCCUGACGUGCUCGGAAAUUUACAGCUUCUUCUACCCCAAAUUCCUGGUCCCCACGAUCCUUCAUCACGCGCUGCAGCUCUCCGGCUUCUGUCGCUUAAUCGGCUUCUGCAGCAUGCUGACAUAUUUCUACCACUACGAACGGUACCACCGGCUAUGCGUAGGUCUGCGGAAAGAGGAGAUGCGCCGGGCAGGCCUAUUGGAAGAGAUGGAAGAAAACGACGGCUUCACUCCCAAUGUCUUCCUAUACAUUGGUCUUUUCGAAGUCGCAACAUUCCCCAUUGGAGGUUUCGUCAUGGGCGCGAUACCAGCACUGCAGGCAGUGAUCAGUCAUUUGUUUACCGAUCGUCUGACAUACGUGGUCAGCUUGAAGCCGACCAAGGCACUGGCUGCCGUGAGGUCGGCGCCGUGGAAGGACAUGAGCAGGAUUACACCGUGA